AUGUCCUCCCCAGCGUACGCCAAUUUUGCAGAUAUACUUCCGUCUGUACGCCCAAAACGUAGGAGUGCCGCUUUAUCUUGUGCCGAAUGUCGUCGUUUGAAAUUAAGGUUUGUUUAUGUGUCCCCCCUGAGGUAUCCUAGUCGCUCAGCGCCCUCCCCCCCAGGUGUAGUCGCGUUUUCCCCUGCAGCAAUUGUGUUAAGAAGGGUUGUUCCGCUAUAUGCCCGGACGGAAACAGCAAAUACUGAAGUCCUCCAUGACAAAAUCGGCCAACUCGCACAUCGAGUAAGACACUUAGAGGAUGCACUUUCUGAAGCACAUGCUGCCAGAUCCAGAGAUCCUCAUCCCCUUCUUGCACCGGAACUGCUCAAGAUCAAGAGUCCCCUAGAACGUGAAAGGGAUGAUCCACAACCUUCUUCUGAGUUUAGCAAAGAGACAAAUGAAGCUGCCGAUGCCAUUGGAUCUCUGUCAAUAUCUGAUCAUGGGAGAGCUACUUUCUUCGGAAAGGCUGCCAAUUCAUGGUAUCUCCUCCAGAAUGAAGAGGGUGGAGAUCAUCAAGAAUCCCAUAUCUAUCAGGAAAUUCCUUUACCUUCUGACCUGCCAUGGCUAAGCCAUGCAUUUCCCUUCUCCUCGAGCAUUGCAAAGACCGCUGAGCAAACACGAGGAAUCAUUCUUAGCUUGCUUCCCUCUUCUGCAGUUGCUCGACAUUAUAUCGGCAUAUAUUACAGACACGCAGCUUGGAUGUAUACGCCAAUCGGCGAAGAAGAAUUCUAUGAAUCGAUAUUUUUCCGAAUUUACCACCCUGACCUCAGUUCAAAUCAUGACCCUACGAACUCUCAUCGUCUUGGAGUUCUCUAUCUUGUUCUUGGUCUGGGCAUAUUGUUGGAUCUUGACAAACCCUCCCAUUCUCUUGAAGCGAAGCAAUAUUACCAGUUGGGUCGUGCUGCGCUUUGUCUCGAUUCUGUCCUGGAGGAGCAAUCCAUAAUAGCCCUGCAAGCCCUGCUCCUGAUGUGUCACUUCAUGUUCCUUUCUGACAUCGAAGGCCCUCGGUGGGCAUUGAUGGGUUUGGUGGUUAAGAUGGCUCAUAGUAUUGGUCUUCGUGAUGGCAAAUGGAAUCUUGAUCCGGAAGAAACUUCGAAACGCAGAGCUUUGAUGUGGGAAAUCUAUACCUACGACUCUUGGCAAAGUCUUACCUUUGGACGACCACCGUCCUUUUCUUUGGCGCAUAUUGAUUGCCAGAUGGCAUUUAACACAACACAGAGCGAAACAGGGGAGAUUGAAAUGAGCUUUGCUGCUUGGAAACACCGCUUCUCAUCUCAAUGUCUCAGCAUCGUGCAAGACCAAGCUUUUGGCGCGCGGACUCCGAGUUACAAAACCAUACAGCAUCUUGAUAAACAAGUCCGAGAAUUCUACUUUCCUCCUUCGCUACAAGUGCCAGGUUUUGGAAACACGAAAUUAGGCAAAGAGGUGGAACAGCCACCAAUUCAACUAACCAUGCAAAGGUAUAUAGCCUUUGCUAUAAAAGAGAUCACUCUAUUUUACAUGCAUCGCGGUUUUUUUGCACGUGCAAUUGAGGAAAACCCUGACGAUCCCCUUGGAAGUAAGUAUUCGCCGUCGGUAUUGGCGGCGUAUAGCAGCGCGUGUUCGUUUGUGGGAUUGAUUGAAAGUCUCUUCGCCCAACAACCUGCUCUCACCGAACGCAUGUGGUUUUUGUUCACGCACGUUUUUUCAUGUGCGAUUGUUCUUGGUGCUAUCGCAACCAAGAGUCAUAUGGCUCUGGCGCCUUCUGCUUUGUCGCAUCUGGAUUCAGCUCACAAAUUGUUCGAGCAAGUAUCAACGAAUCCGCGAGCGGCGAAAAUAAUACCCAUCAUCCAGAAUUUAAGACGUAAAGCCCAAGUCGCUGCCGUCGAGGAAAAGCCCAGAACAAAUGACAACUUCCGAGCUAGCUAUUUUGGCCCUGGUGCUAUCAAGCAUGAUAAAGAGUUCUCGUCGCUAGGUGGUAUGACGCGGCUGGUUUCUCGGAAAACCCCUUCGUCUCCCCUUUCAGACUUGUCAGGGAAAGAGGAGGCGCUGGUUUCUCUGAGUCCAGUUUCUGUGUCUUCUCAACCUGCUUCAGGGAGCCCAUCUCUUCCGAUAAAGGAAUCUACACCUCCUUCUGCUAUUGAAAGUAAUGGGCAAUGGCAAACAUAUGGCCAUAUUCAUACUUCUGAUUCGGUCGCAUACCCUAUUGGAACAUAUCAUUCUGAGCAAGAUGUGUACGGGGGCAACCAUCACGAUAUUCAUUCCAUAUCUCAAUAUCCAAGUUACCCCACAUACAAUAAUCCACCUCUGAAAGAUUGGUACUCCACGCCGCAACCUAUGCAGAGCUCACCAGACAGCUAUUACGAUCCAAAUGCCACUUGGCAAAGUUUCGUUGCCCAAUACCGAUAA